ACACCAUCAUAAACACAGGAGGAGUUUGGCUCGACACAGGCAUGCUCUGGUCUCCACAGCAUGGGGAAGGAGACUUGGAUAAGGCAGGAAUGAGAGAAGGUCUUACCUCCCUUGAAAUUGUAGUGCUUUACUGGAAGGUCCUUAGUCGGCAGGGGAAUGCACAGAGAGACAAAGACGGUAGGAGAGUUAGGAGGAGUGGAGAUGUCAAUGUGACACAGUGGAGAAAAGAAAGUGACGCAGCAGAACAUUACUGGGUGAGCUUCCAUGAAGAGGAGAAUGUAAGUCUUUAAGAGGCAACAGUAAAUGAACACAGUUAAUUGAAUCAGUGAUUCAUUCAAAUGUGAAAUAUGUGCAUUUGAUAAAAGAGAGCAAAGGAGAGAGACAGAAAGAAGAACAUUAGCCAGAAGAAAGAGAGAGGAAAAAGAGAAACUUUAGCCAAACAAAAAGUCAAGGAGUGAACAGUCACCCAGAGUCCCUAGAUAGGUCCUUCAACAGUAUCUCAUCAUGGUGAACCUGGACCUGAGGUCUCUCACCCUGCCGGUGGGCAUCAUCCGUAUGUUGGAGGUGGUCCUCACCUGUGUCUCCUUCAGUCUGGUGGCCUCGGCAGGCCAUGUGCUCUCCACACACUGGGACUGGUGCAUGUUCACCUGGUGCUUCUGCUGCUUCUUCUCCCUCUUCAUCCUCAUCAUGGAGUUCACCCGCUUCAGUGCCAAGGUGCCCAUCUCCUGGGAUGACUUCACCACGGCCUUCGCCGUGCUGGCCGCACUAAUGUGUUUCACCUCCUCCGUCAUCUACCCCACCUUCUUCACCUGCCCCACCUGCUACCGCCAGAUUGCCGCCACCGUCAGCUCCCUACUCUGUUUCGGAGUGUACGUCGGCGAGGUGGUGUUGGCCCGCCUCCGGCCCGGUGGUGAGAUCAGUGGCUUCCUGUCCACUGUCCCGGGCCUCCUGAAGAUCCUGGAGACUGUGCUGGCCUGUAUUAUCUUUACGUCGCUGGAUCCGGCAAGGUUUCUGUUUCAUCCGGGACUGCAGUGGUGCGUGGCGGUUUAUUCCCUCUGCUUCAUCUUCGCACUCGUCAUCAUCUUCCUCACCGUCGGUCAGCUGCUGUCGCUCUUCCCCUUCUCGUUUGACAAACUGCUCACGGUCUAUAAUAUUCUGGCCACCAUGAUGUACAUGACUGCCACGGUCAUCUGGCCGCUGUAUAGUUUCGAGAACAACCCCCGGCCCGUUCCGUGUUCCCCCUGUCCCUGGGACAAUCUGGUUGUGGUGACGUUCAUGACCGUGAUCAACCUGGUGAUCUAUAUUUUGGAUACGAUCUACUCGAUAAAGGUGGUCUUCUUCACAUUGGAUGAGGAAUAGGCCAGAUUCUCAGGAACCUUGACUCCAACUUUUCCAGAACCGGUCAAUGACUGACACACUAUCAUAUUGCAUGGAGAAAAUACUGUUUACUGAAUAAGAAACUCCAGCACGCUGGUAAUCUUGAUUCUCCACAUAUGGUUGAAAAGAUCCAUUUCAUUUCUAGAGAAUGAAGAGUUUAUUUUCAAAUCAAUGACUGAGAGCUUGGAAGAAGAACAUUUGCAGAACGUUGGCAGAACAUUUGCUGAUGUCUUUUGCCUCAGACAUGUGGAAGAUAUUUAGUUAUUCCUAUAACACUGUAAAUGAACUCUUAUUGCAGAUGAGGAUUCUACAGGCAAGGACACACUGUUUAUCACUUGUAGCUAUUAAAGUGUGCAGUAGGAAGCUGAGUUAAUGAUUGAUCGUAUCGAUUUCAUAGAAAUUAAAAAUACAGAACUUUGGAUCCUGAUGCAAAUACAAUAUGAAUGUCUAAUCUGGCAACAUGGUAUGUAUAACCUAAAACCUAGUUCCUUUGGGCCAAAGGCACUAGCAGCAAUAUAGAUUCUGCCAAUUGCAAAGGAUUUGUGAUCUUAUAUUCAUGUUGACCACUUCUUUCUUGGUUGUUAGACAUGUUCUCUUGUUGUACUGCUAGUUGGCUCACUAACUGCCAGAUAGUUGAUUACCUGAUUACCAGCGCUAUGUGGACUGCACACUAUAAACAAAUGGUUCUACAGUAUAUAGUGCCAAAUAAUAGUUAUUUGGCUCAUAAUGAUAGUGUAUCCUAUUUUGGUACUAUAUAGAACCCUUUUUUGAAGGUUCUAUAAAGAACCAUGUUCACAAGGUUAUAAAUUGAACUAUUAUGGUGCUAUAAAGAAACCUUUCCUAAGGUUCUAAAAAUAACUUUAAAAAAAGUUCUACAUAGCACCAAAAAGGGUUCCACUAUCAUUACAACCCUUUUUGGUGCUAUAAAGAACCCUUUUUAAUGGUUAUUUAUAGAGCCUUUAUGGAGAAUGGUUAUAUUAAAUUAAGAACCUUUCUCAAUCUCAAAGGUUCUACAAAGAACCCUUUGAAGAACCAGAGAGAGAUAUUUAUUCUGGUUAGACAUAUACUGUUAAAAUUCCAUAGGUGUCGUUGAAUCAGGUGUGAUAGCUCUGGAACAGCUGGGGGGCUCUGAGGAGAGAAUUGAGAACUGCUGGUUUAGGUAUUUUUAAAAGACUGGAGUUGGAAGGGGACUCAACUCAAGAACUGAUCUUUCAUUAUGAUGUUGACCUUUUCUUACAAGCCCAUAGAAUAGGGAGAGGUAAUCAGAUAAAGUUUGUGUACAGGACAGGGGACCUUCUCCAUUGAAGUGUACCAUCUUUCAGAUGCAGACAUAGGGUGCAUUCAAAAUGUUCAGUAGUGCACUAUAUAGGGAAUAGGGUGCCAUUUCGGAAGCAUCCAUAGACAUUUCAUUCUGUCUGCUUUUGAAUGGGCUUGACGAUUAUAUCCUCAAAUUCAUGAAAACACAGUCAUGUAAGAUAUAUAAAAACUGAUAUUCGUGUUUGUGGAUUAAUUUACUUCUGCUAGAUGCCUUUCAUUAACCUCUAUGGGAUCGGUGACCCACCCUCAGGACGGUUGAGCUAACGUGCGCUAAUGUGAUUAGCAUGACAUUGUAAGUAACAAGAACAUUUCCCAGGACAUAGACAUAUCUUAUAUGGGCUGAAAGCUU